AUGCCCGCCGUGGUCAGCAACCCGACGGUGCCGGCCACCAGCACCUUUUCCAAGCGUCGACGCUUCCAACCCCCCAUCACCAACUUCUUCUCUACCCAGUCUCCGGAGCCCAUAUCCGACACCCACGCCCUAUCUCACAACCACUACUCCGCGCCAACCUGUUCAGCGACACCCGUCGUGCCCCUCAAGGUUCAGGCUUCUCUGCUCUCCGUCGGGAUGAGAGUUCGGAAGUCCGUGGCAGAUGGAUACAAAACCAACCUGGCAAAGACGGACGAAAAGGCCUCUCUGCCAGCCGCGACGCCCGAGAUUCCGAGCGUCCGGCCCUCCUUCCGCGGCAACGGCUAUGCUGAACUUGCGCCUUUCUCUGGCUUCCCCAAAUCUACACCUGAGUCACUUUACAACCCGCCAAAUUAUUUUGUUACCGACGACGGUGAUGCGUUCUCCCUUCCAGCAAGCAGCCAAGAAUCCUCCACAUCCUCUGCCUCCUUCUCCAUUCCCAUGAACGGACAGAAACGAGGGCUAGAUAGCGACAUCUUCCCUGACGACGAUUACUAUCCUGAAUCCACCGAUGAUGAUUGCGGUCGUGCUCCUGUUGGACGAAGAAUCCUUUCUCCAAAAUUGGGACAACAGGCACGCCGUGUUCUUGCUGCCCAGCGAAGUCAGUUUGCAACAGAGCAACCCACGAUGGAUGUGGACGAUUUUGAAGAAGCCUCAUUCCUCCGUCGACGGGAAGAGGUGGAUGCGGAUUACGUCCAAAUGGAUUGGGCCUGA